AGUCAUCACAUACGGUGGUCGAAGUAGAAAGGCUGGUUGUAGCCAAAGAAGUGAAAGUUGGUUUGCUGUUGUAUGUUGGUUCGUUCUCACAUUCCGAGGCGAUGAUGGACCCACGCUGAAACAACAAUGGAGAACUUCAUGACCAGCGGGACGUUUGUGCAAGGCCGCAAGGCCUUGUUCGCGGUCAAAAAGGCCAUGCAAGGAAAAAGCGUCAUCGACAGGAAGGCUGUUGACAAGACAUGGAAGUUGAUGGUAACAGUAGUGAAGCUAUGUGGGAACGCUCGCCUGAACAUCACCAACAGUCCGCCUUGCAUUCUGGACAUCCUGCCGGAUACGUAUGGCCACCUCCAGAUGAUUUUAGAUAAGUGCAAUGACAAUUUCGAUGCUCUCAACUCAUGUCCGUACUUUCGAGUGCUCUUGGACAACAUUGCGGCUAAAUGUCGGCAAGUUAUUCAACUGUUCAAGGUGGCAAAGGAUUCGAUCUAUGACGAGACUUCGCUGGAGAGGCGUUCACUCACAAAGUUUGCACUGAUAUUUAGUCACAUGUAUUCGGAGCUCAAAGCAUUGUAUCCGAAUGGUGCGUGCAUUGGGAGAACGUUUCCUAUCACGAAAACUGCUGCUGCUGAGUUCUGGCACAGUCAUUUCGGCAAUAGGUAUUGUGUGCCAUGGAGAGACUUCGUAACACACUUCGAGAGUGAACACACAAUUCGGAGUAACAUGGAAGUCAUAGCCCUGAAGUCCACCAUAGAUCUGACAUGCAAUGACCAUGUCACAGUAUUUGAGUUUGACGUGUUCACGUUGCUCUUUCAGCCGUGGCAGUCAAUUGUCAGAAACUGGAACAUCCUGGCAGUGACCCAUGCAGGCUAUCAGGCCUUCUUGACGUAUGACGAAGUCAAGGACAAACUGCUAAAGAUUUCUACCAACAGAGUUGGCAGCUACUUGUUUCGGCUCAGCUGUACACGCCUCGGCCAAUGGGCCAUUGGACACAUUACCCCGGAGGGUAACAUCGUACAAACUAUACCGCAGAACAAGUCACUCAUCCAGGCCCUCGUUGACGGGCACAAGGAGGGCUUCUACAUGCACCCGAUGGGGCGCGAACAGAAUCCGGACAUCUCCGACACGUUAGAGGACCUUCCGACUGUGUCCAUCCAUGUGACACAGGAGCAGUACGAGCUCUACAUGGAGAUUGAUUCCUCCUUUGAGCUGUGCAAGAUCUGCACGGUCAACAAGAAGGACGUGCGUAUAGAGCCCUGCUGUCACCUGGUCUGUGCCGACUGCCUCGAGCACUGGCUAGAAUCCAACGGCAGCGGCUGCCCAUUCUGCCGCAUGGAGAUCAAGAGCACGGAGUCAGUCGUCGUUCAUCCGUUCCAUGAUCGCAACGAAUGUUCGACGCCUGAGAUGCCGGAGGCACCACCACCCAAGCCAUCUGCAGAUGAUACUUCUAUCCCGAGUAGCAGUGCAUUUCCACAGUGCGAGCGGCCAAUGCAACGCCAUGCCACUUUUUCUGGAAACUCCACAGCGGCUGCCAACAACUGCGGACCCCCAGUGCCGUGGCGGAAGGGCAGUACAUCACGCUCUAGAUCAGGUGAUGCCAGUCCUCUGCCACCGAUCCCCCCGUUGCUUGGCUCUGCAGCUGCUGUUGCUAACUCGCGUCCACCACUACCGGCAUUACCGAACAAGGCGGACGGAUCUCCUUCCUACAGCAUACCGCCCAUCGAGUAUGAAACACACGCAAGCUUUGCAAGCCACCACAGCUCUGUUGACCUAGGUGUCGUUGGGCCCGGUGGAGACUAUGCCAUGCCGAACAAGCACAGGGACACUCCCUGCUCAUCCAGUCUAAGCAGUGCCGACCACGGCACGUCGCCACGUUCUAUGACUCUCCCAGCUUCAUUGCCGAGGGAAGCGCUCAACUUUCCCAGCGCAGACACGAGCAGUGCUAACCAGCAGUACAGUACACCAUCGAUGCAAUCCUCGUCCGGUUUCUCACCACCGAGCUCGCCAGAGCGAAGGCGGGCUCCUGGUAGUCCAUUAGCAUCCCGGUCUCCUUCUAUCGGUAUGACGCAGACUGAGAUGCAGCUCAAGGCCAUGGGCUUCAAAGAAAGCGAUAUCCAGAAGGCUGUUAAAAUCGCCGGUGAUGACUUGGCACUGGCGAUGAGGAUCCUAGAAAACUUCAAGUCUCACGAGAAGAAAACGCUUGAGCAACAGCUGCUGGAACUGGGCUAUCUGGAAGCAGAUGUGAAGAAGGCUAUUCAAGUUGCUGGUGACAAUCGCGACCUUGCUGUUAUGAUCCUUGAGCAAUUUGCCGGCAACUGACCUUACCCUGACCCCUUUUUCCAGGUCCCUCCAUCACCAAUUUUUUUAAAUCAUUUAAUACUAUAUUUCCUGAUUAGCUUGCGUCUGUCUUUACCCAUCCCCACAUUUUCUCUGUACAACCAGUGGUUUCUACUGUGUCUCACCAUGUGAUCUGGUCAGACCAAUCGUAACUUUCUAAUAUAAAUCUGCUAUCGUUUGUUUGCCUGGCUGUAUGUUCUGUCCCUGUAGUCCGUGUGCUUCACCCGAGCCCCACUGAUAGUUGUACUAAUAGACUGCCUGGUCCUUGAUUACACCGGAGCCAUGUUGGGCGCGUUUUGCCCACACUGCUCGAUCGACGCCACUCCACGUUCGGCUUUCACCUAGCGCCACCGCUGAUUCUGUGAUAGUGCUGUUGCGGGUUGGCAUUUCGCGUCACAUCAACGGUUCAAUUUCUGGCUGUCAGGUCUGCCACUACUUGGCUCGGAUAUACUGCUCGUACUGGUACCUGGGCCGACUAACCCCCACCUGCAUCUAAAGCCGCUGGCCGUGGAUAGCAAUCAAUGAGUUCUCUCUUGCUUCAUCAUGGUUUGGUUAUUUGGUUACCGGUCCAUUGGAGCUAGUUUCUGGAAAGAGGGUUUCGGGAAUCCCAUGACCAAGUGUAUAUACGCUCCUUUACU